AUUAAAAGAUAUUUGAAACUUUUAAAAUGCACGUACGUCACAUUUGGCGCGAAUCGCUAGAGCUAGAGGUCCAAUGGCGUCAGUGUGGAACCGUGUACGAUCUUGACGAUGGAAUUGAACGAGGUUUUCAGCUCGAGUCUGGAUUCAAACGUAAGGUGGUAUGUACUAUCGACUUUGCUGUGUGGUUUGCCGCCGGUACGCUUUGCUGCAAACAAGAUAUUUUCGUGCUUUCCCGACCAAAUACACAAAAUUAAGAGGAAAGACCUUUGGCGGGAAAAUGGCGAGGUCGCUCCUUCGGGAAUCUUUGACGCUGGACGCGAUAAAGAAGAUGUUUUCGUUGCUUCGAUGUUUGGCAUUUGCGCUGGACUAUUGAGGCAACGCGAUCUGGCACCGAAAGGGUUCGUUUUAUCGCCGAAUUUCAAGAAAAUUAUCGAGGCAGUGAAUAGUGUGGAGUUGGUUGGCGGCAUCGACGAUGUAAACAAUGCUUCAUCGACGCCGGUUUCUGCAGGGACAAAAAUGACCCCUAAGACGUCAAGAAUCCAGCUUUUGACGUCAAAGUUGGAUUUUUUUACGCUACACCAGUAGCCGGUUCAUCGACCAAGAAGCGUAAAGCGGCGCGAGACUUGAAAGAAGUCGCCGAGGACGCCAGUCUAGGUCCUUUACUAAAGAAACGAUGCAUUGUAUCGUAUUGCAAUGAAUCAGUGAAUUUGAUCAAAGAGGCCAUAGAACCAGACACCCUCGGGAAUAUUAUUGGGUAUGGGUGCAAGUACAAUGACGAAAAGGUAAAGGAUUUCAUCAACGAAGAAAUAAUCUCGGCAAUGGAGAUAUGCUCCGACUCAAAGGAUGGUGGUUGUGCGUCUGUCUUGGGGAGAGAUGUCUUAGCUCUAAAGGAUAAGUCAUUACGGGUUCCCGACUGGGUGCAGGUUUUAACCAAGCUAAAAGCCAGGAUUCCAGAUAAUGCCUGGCAGAAAAUCCUGCAUUACCUAAAAAUCGGGAGAAGUAAGAACUCAAAGGACAUCCAAUUGUUAUUAAACAAAAACAUGAUAAGGGCCAACAAAAAGCUGACAUUCUCAGUUGUGAGAAAGACACUUGGCAUUGAAAAACUUCCAGGAGAUCUGACUGGGUAUGGAACUGUCCUUCCAAGUGUGCUUGUUUGGGCCUUAAGAGAGGCCAGACUACACCAGAUGAACAAAACAAGUACAGAUGUUGUCUUCAAUAUAAAACUAGAUGGUAGACCUCUUUUUGGUAAAGAACAAGUUUCUGUUGGAUUGGUACCAGUGGAUGUUAGCUCUGAGAGCUAUGACUCAGUAUAUCCACUUGCAAUAGCCAACUGUAAAGAAGACAGGACAAACCUCAAGGCAUUAAUUAGCAAAAUGAAUGAUGAAAAGAAGAUCAUCAAAACAACUGGCAUCAAAGUUGAUGGAAUAGUAUAUCAAAUAAAAUUUGUAGUUACUGUUGACCUUAAAGCUCUACUGUUGUUGAUAGUGAGGGGAGAUAAUGAAGAUUUUAUCCUUGGCGGUAAAGGGCUUGAUGUUGAAUUUUGCAUGUUCUGCAGAGCAGUACGGGCUUGCCAGAAGCAUUUAUCAUGUGGAAGAUUUCAAGAAACCUGUUUGGAAUGCUUGCAAUCAAAAGCUAAUAUUGGAAAUUGGAAGGGUUUGAGAGAUGAUUUGAGUUUUCUUUUGGACGAAGAGCUGUCCAGCAUACAGCUGUGCUCAUUGCAUCAAGAGAUGAGAAACACAGAGCAGCUACUUGGGUCUCUUGGUUUAUUUGCUAAUGCUGUUGGUUGCCUUGAUAAAUGA